AUGGCGCCGACGGGGAUGGGUAAGGCGCGGCCAAGGAUGGCGAACCACGCUCCAGUCAGCUGCACGGCGUCAGGUAAUUCCUCCCGAUCUCCUCUCUUCCUGAACCUCCGGUCCUCCUCGGUCUCCUCUGACUCUGAGCCCGCCGACGUGGGCCCCGUCUCCGUGUCCUCGGCCAUGCCGGCGGCGGCAACGAUGCGGUCUGGCGUCGGCGCCGGCGGAGUUCCCGUCUCGUCCCCUUGCCUAUUAAUCCUGUGUUUGGACCAAGCACGACACCACCUCGGUGUUGCACGCCGCGACAAUGCCCGCCCGGGCUCAAAUCCCCCUCCCCUCACGAACUCCUCCUGGACGCGCCGCCACCCACGCUCAGACCUCGCCGCCGCCCAUGGCCUCCGUCCACGCAGGGAGAUCAAACGAGCAGAUCGAGCGGCGGCCAGAUCCAUCUGCCACGGUCGCCCAGGGCUCGCGCGCCUCGGACGACGCGGUCGUGUCCGUACGUCAAGGGCCUGGGCAGAGACGCUUCUUCUCCGCCAUGGCCAUGGAGCUUCCUCCCAAUCCAAGGUCUUGGACUGGACGGGGACGGCUGCUCUUCCAAGGUGCCUACAAAGAAGGUUGACAAAGAAAAUAGUAAUCCAAACUUGCAAAAUAUUCAUUUACAGAGAUCUAGUCCUAAUAAGACUCCAGGUUCAAGGCCAACUGCUAUUUCUACAAAUGCGCUCAUACAAGUUGCAGCAAGGCAUUCUUGAAUGUUUAAAGCAAUGGAUCCAAAGAACUAGCUGGACUAGACUCUAGAUCAUGGACAAUUUAGUCUUUGCAGUUAAUUAGGAUGGCUAAAUUACAUUUGAGUUUCAUUUGAUGGAUAUUUGCUAUGAGAAUUAUGAAUUUUAUGAAUCUACAUAUUAUUCGUAUGGUUUUGAAUAUUGUAAUUGAAAGCCUGUUUUUUAA